UUUUAAUAACAAUAUAAAGACUCCUUAAUUUCAACCACACACUCAUGGUCUUUUUCGAGGAUGUGGUGCUCAACAUGAUCAAAGAAAGAGAACAUAACCAUAUUGGAAAAAAAUUGAUCAAUACCAUAAUGUGAAGGAUUGAAAUUUGAUUUUUAGUUGUAUAAGUUAGGUACCAAAUUUAUAGGUAAAGAUAUAGAGGCCAAAACAUAGUAAAUUAAUAGAGAGAGAGAGAGAGCAACAAAGUAUGAGUCUAAAAAAAAUGAGGCAAAUGGUUGGAUGAUCAUGAAAUUUGACUUUUUGUUGCAUAAGUUAGAUACCAAUUUUUCUAGGUAAGAAUAUUGAAUAUUAGUUGUCAUUUGGCUUAUAUAUAGAAGAUAGAUAGAUAGAUAGAGAGAGAGAGAGAGUAAUAAAGUAAGAGUCUUAAAAAAGAUGAGGCAAAUCAUUGGAUGAGGAUGAAUCAUGAAAUUUGACUUUUUGUUGCAUAAGUUAGAUAUCAAUUUUUCUAGGUAAGAAUAUUGAAUAUUAGUUGUCAUUUGGCUUAUAUAUAGAAGAUGUAGAGGCCAAAACAUAGUAAAUUAAUAGAGAGAGGAAUAUUAGAGCAACAAAGUAUGAGUCUCAAAAAAGAUGAGGCAUAUCGUUGGAUGAGCGAAGAGGAUGAAUCAUGUAUCCAAGCUAUGCUUUUUGCUAGCUCACAUGUGUUCCCCACGAUCUUGAACACUGCGGUUGAGCUAAAUCUGUUUGAGAUCAUCGCUCGAGCAGGCCCUGGUGCUUAUGUCUCACCCUCUGAGAUCGCAUCCCAGCUUCCCACCCAAAACCCCAAUGCACCUUGUUUUAUGGAUCGGAUGCUGCGUCUAUUUGCUAGUCACGGGCUUCUAUCUUACAGCCUGCGCACACUCGAAGAUGGCAGAGUUGAUAGGCUUUAUGGUCUCACUCCCGUUUGUAAAUUCUUUCUUAGGAGUGAUGAUGGGAGUUGUUUGGCUUCCUUAUCAACCGUGGGUUCCCACCGAGCUUUGAGGGAAGUUUGGCCAUCCUUGAAGGACGCCAUUCUUGAAGGAGGUGAUCAAUUCCAGAAAGUCCACGGGAUGAGUAUGUUUGAGUACAUGGACAAGGACCCGACACUAAACAAGGCCUUCAAUGAGGCAAUGGUUGGUCGCUCCACCAUAAUCAUGAAGAAAGUCGUGGAGACCUACCAGGGGUUUGAGGGAUUAGCAUCACUUGUGGACGUGGGCGGUGGAACCGGUGCAACCCUUAACAUGAUCAUUUCCAAGUAUCCUUCCAUCAAAGGCAUCAACUUUGAUUUGCCACAUGUUGUGCAAACUGCACCAACUUAUCCGGGUAUUGAGCAUGUAGGAGGAAGCAUGCUAGUUAGCAUUCCAAAAGCAGACGCAAUUAUGAUUAAGGAUACAUGCCAUAACUGGAGUGAUGAACAUUGCUUAAAAUUUUUACGCAAUUGUUAUGAAUCGUUACCGAAAAAUGGGAAGGUGAUAGUGAUAGACAUAAUAAUGCCAGAAGCACCAGAGCCAAGCAUUGGCUCUCAGUAUGUUGCUCGGCUCGACAAUGUCAUGUUACUGCUACACGGAGGCAAAGAGAGGACUGCCAGAGAGUUCGAGGCCUUGUGCAAGGGUUCUGGGUUUUCAGACUUCCGAGUGGCUUGUUGUGUUUACAGUUGCCUUUCUGCGGUCAUGGAAUUUCAGAAAUAAUCCUCCAUCUUUCAAUUUGCGUGCUUCUGAGUGUUUUGUGCUUCUGUCAUCUAAGUGGAGUGGAUGUCUUGAUUACAUGAAUGGUCAUCAAUUAGAAUAAGAUGCUAUGAAGAAAUAAAGAUAGAGGCGCCUUUAUUUGUA